AUGAAGGUCCUGUCAAACCUCGGAACGCUUCUGGCUUUGUCGCCUGUUGCGCAAGCUACAGGAGGACAUUACAACACCGUUAAGCUUGAUGGCUACGGCAGUUUCUCCGGUACCACUGUCAACAGCACUUUCACCAAGCAGAAACUUCCUGCACCUGUUGAUGCUUGGUUGGGUAUCGACUAUGCCACUCAACCUACUGGCGACCAUCGCUUUCACCCUGUUUCUUGGCCCGAGAAGUUCAAUGGCGUGAAGAAGGCGGAUGACUUUGGCAAAGCUUGUGUCCAAGAAGUCUCAUCCAGAGUCCCGCUUGACUCACAGAGCGAGGCAUGCCUCAACUUCAACGUGUUUCGACCCAAGGGUGUACCUUUGAGCAAGAAACUCCCUGUUCUUGUGUGGAUCCACGGCGGUGCUUUCUACGCUGGAAGCUGGGCUAGUUUCGACGCCGCUGCAUUCGCCGCCUCAUCCAAAGUUCCCAUCGUGGUAGUCAACUUUCAUUACCGCGUCAAUUCUCUCGGCUUUCUGCCAUCCAAGCUCUUCCAAGACGAGGGUCUGUCGAACCUAGGGAUCCGAGAUCAGCGCUUUUUCCUGGAGUUUGUGCAGAAGCACAUUGGUGCUUUUGGCGGUGAUAAAGACGCAGUUACUAUUGGUGGUCGCUCUGCUGGUGGCCAUUCAGUAGGCAUUCACUACUUUCACAACUACGGCAAGGAUAACAAGCAGUUGUUUGCUCGGGCGAUUCAUCAGUCUGGUUCGGUCACUUCACGAGCUUUCCCUAAUGACACUUAUCCGUUGUACAAGCGACAAUACGACGAGUAUAUUACUUACCUUGGAUGUGAUAAGAAGAAGGGCAACAAGGCAACUCUCAAGUGCCUCAAGGGAGCAGAUGUUAAUGCUAUCAGAAACAUCAGCACCAAGUUGUAUCACGACUUUGAUCCCCAGCUGACCUGGCCAUUCCAGCCCGUGCAUGGCGGACCUCUCUUCGAGAAACCUGGCUCUCAAUCUGGUUACGACGGAACAUUUUUCCACGUCCCGACGAUCACAUCCACAGUCACCGACGAAGCGAAGUAUUACACCCCUGGCGACCUCGAGACCAACAAGGAGUUCUUAGAUUAUCUCCACAACAUCUCACCAGCUUUGACCAACAAAGAUCUGAAGGAGUUAUCCGCUCUUUACCCCGAUCCCGCGAACCACAAAGACUCGCCAUUCGCCAACUCACCCAACAGCACUCAAUACAACCGCAUCUCCGCCGCCUGGAGCGACUACGCCUACAUCUGCCCCGGCCAAGAAACAGCAUACCGCGCCUCCACCGCCGGCGUACCAACCUGGAAAGUGCGCUUCAACACCAACAACAGCUUCCCCGCGUGGCAGGGUAUUCCUCACACGGCCGACACGGGAUUUACCUGGGAUGAGCCUACUACUCAGUAUCCCGAGAUCAGCCAUAUCUACCAUGGGUACUUGGCUAGUUUUGUUGCGACAGGUGAUCCUAACAAGCAUAGGUAUCCUGGAAGCCCAGAAUGGCCUACUUAUAAUGGACGGGAGAGAUCGCCGAAGCAAAUUGUUGUUCAGCCGGGUGAUACGAAGGUUGAAAAGGAUAAUAUUCGAACGGAGGCUUGUCUUUGGUGGAGAGAUCCUGAGAGAGCACCGAGACUGAACAAGUAA